GAUGCAGGGUCCGGGGAGAGCGGAUAUAGUGAAUGCAGGGAGACAAGAUAUAGUGAAUGCAGGGUCCGGGGAGACCAGAUAUAGUGAAUGCAGGGUCCGGGGAGACCAGAUAUAGUGAAUGCAGGGUCCGGGGAGACCAGACCAGAUAUAGUGAAUGCAGGGUCCGGGGAGACCAGAUAUACUGAAUGCAGGGUCCGGGGAGACCAGAUAUUGUGAAUACAGGGUCCGGGGGAGACCAGAUAUAGUAAAUGCAGGGUCCGGGGAGACCAGAUAUAGUGAAUGCAGGGUCCGGGGAGACCAUAUACAGUGAAUGCAGGGUCCGGGGAGA